AUGAAUUCCUUCGGCAACGCGUCUGUCGACAUUGAUAUGCUGGAACGAGAAAUGGUUGCCGGGGAAGCAGCCAAUUUGAGCGGAAACAUCGCUGGAAUGAGUGCUCCGAAGAGCUCUUCAGCUAGAAGAGGUCCAAUGCAAGAAGUUGAUCUGGAUACUGAGUUUGACACGCUGGAAGAGCCCGUCUGGGAUACUGUAAAGCGAGAUGUUAUCACUGUCGGCGCAAAAUUCAGUCACGUCAUCUUGCCACAUGGAGACAAACAACAGCUCCUUCGUGAUUGGGAUCUCUGGGGACCCCUUUUCAUUUGUGUCGGUUUGGCCUUACUUCUCCAACACAACGGAGGUACUGAAUCAGCUCCUCAAUUCACUCAAGUCUUUACAAUCACAUUUUUUGGAUCAGUCAUUGUAACUGCGAAUAUCAAGCUUCUAGGAGGAAACAUUUCUUUUUUCCAAUCAUUGUGCGUCAUUGGCUAUUGUCUUCUUCCUCCAUUCGUCUCCGCAGUUCUCUGCUCCAUAUUUCUUCAUGGUAUCGCUUUCCCUCUCCGAUUGCUCAUCACUUCCGUUGGAUUUGUUUGGUCCACUUAUGCGUCGAUGGGAUUUCUUGCUGGAUGCCAACCCGAUAAGAAGCGUCUUCUCGUCAUUUACCCAGUUUUCCUCUUCUAUUUCGUCGUCAGCUGGAUGAUUAUCUCCCAUUCUUAA